AUGAGUGAUCGCUGCAGCGGUAGAUAUCAUAAAAAAAGUGAAAAUGGAGGCAGCAAGUUUGUUAAGGACGUUUCCCCUCACGAAUUUGUCAAGUCUUACGCUGCCUAUCUCAAGCGCUCCGGCAAGAUUGAACUUCCACCAUGGACUGAUAUUGUGAAGACUGGUAAACUCAAGGAGCUUCCUCCCUGUGACCCUGAUUGGUACUAUGUCAGAGCUGCCUCCAUGACUAGGAAAAUAUACUUGAGGGGAGGUCUUGGUGUUGGUGCCUUUAGAAGGAUUUAUGGAGCGGCUAAGAGAAAUGGAAGUCGUCCACGCCAUUUCUGCAAGAGCAGUGGUUCUGUUGCUCGACACAUUCUCCAGGAAUUGGAGAAUAUCAACAUCGUUAACAUUGAUCCUAAAGGUGGAGGAUGA